UACCAUAAUUAUUUUCUUAUUUUUACAAUUUUGAUUGAUAUUUGGAGUCACAUCCGGGCUUUUUGCAAUGGCGGAAGCCUUGAAGUUUAUUUUUCUCCAGGAAUUUCGUGAAAAAUAAUCGAUUUUCUUUUAAUGAUAGUUCACACAAAAAACACAGUCUUUACAUUUAUGUGACAAAGAUGUCUUCCGUGGUUGUGCAAGUUGGUCAAUGUGGAAAUCAAGUCGGACAGCAGUUUUGGAAGCAUGUUUUGCACGACAAACAACAAGUUGAAAACAACAGCUCUGUGUAUGUCCACCCUGAUGGAAAGUUUCGAUCUGUGAACAUCGAUGCAGAACCAAAAGUUGUCCGACGUCUCAUGAAAGAUGCUAAGAAGAGUAACUUCCGAGAGAGUAAUAUCAUUGUGGGUAGACAAGGAUGUGGCACGAACUGGGCCAUUGGUUAUCACGGCGUGAGAACAGAACAUGACAAGCUGAUCAGCUCCUGUGUUGAAGGCCUGAGGAAGGAGAUCGAACGAUGCGAUACUUUCUGUGGAGUGAUUAUGAUGCACAGCCUAAGCGGUGGAACAGGCUCAGGUCUUGGUUCCCACUUGGCGGAGGUGAUACGAGAUGAGUACCCCAUGAACUACCUUCUCUCUGGUGUGGUCGCCCCGUACAAGAGUGGCGAGAGUCCCUUACAGCACUAUAACACAUUGCUUACUACGGCUCACCUUCAGAGGUACUCAGAUGGCAUCAUUCUGUUCCAAAAUGAUGAAGUGUUGUAUCAGUUGUCUAAGAAGUCAAGAGAUGGCGGUGUUGGUAUAUCAUUUUCGAAGAUGAAUGAGCAGAUUGCUUCUUGUCUUUGUGGAACAGUUCUACCGAUUGAUACUUUGUCGCCAAAAAGAUACCACAGUAUCGGAAUAGAGCCGUGGGAGCUGGUCAGAUCUGUCUGCCCCAUGCCAUCAAUGAAGUUUAUCUAUACAAACCAAGUUUCAAGAAAUAAGUGUUCGUGGGACAACCUGACGACAGCCUUGCUGAACAGUCACAAUAGGUACAACAAAAAUGGAGAACCAUACAGGACUCUAUCCAAUCUGGUCAUAGUAAGGGGCGACCGAAACAACACAUUUCCUUCUUAUACAAACAAAAUGGAGGAAAAAAUCAAGUUGGCCUACAACACGGUGAAGUGGAAUCCUUUUCCUGUGGAUUUCUGGAGAGGCUCACAUAACACUUUAGGCGCUAUGAAGGACAGUACUUCUUUGACGCUGGCGUCAAACAAUUCAAAUAUCGUAGAAUACCUCGAGGACAUUUUGGAGAAGUCGAGGGCCAAGUAUGAUGCACGUGCUUAUCUUCACUGGUACUGGAAACAUGGAUGUACUGGGGAUGACUUCGAAGAUGCAUUUACUACGCUCCAGACGAUAGUCGAUGAUUAUAAGGAAUCAAUAAGUUAGCAACAGCUUGGAGAUCAGUCGCAGAUUACCAAUAAAGUGCUUCACUGGUUUGAUAGAGAUCUUUCUUGAAGGGACAAUAUAGGCAGCAGCGAGGCAGGCAAGAUAAAGUUACACAAAGUAACCAAUAGGAGUGUCUCAUAUCUCACUGUACGUCGAAAUUAUUCACGCUUGUACGAAGAAUAUAUUUAGUGCCGAGUCUGACAUGGCCAAUACUAGUCACUUGAAGAUGGCCAAAUUAGCCUCUCUGCUCCUGCCUAUAGUCCCUUUUUAAGUGCCACUUCAUGAUCCAUUGGACUAAAUUGUAAGACUGUUUGACUUAACGAAGCAACCGCUCUUAUUCGCUCUUGGUUGUCGUAUCAAUCGUUGCAUUACUCAAUUGGAGUAAAUAAUUCUGAAAGAACAUCUUGCAGCCGACCAAAGCAUGAUUAGGACAUCUUUGGACUGAUCAGAUGUAAAUCUUCCAUUUAGGUAAUUUCUCCCUUACUAGUAAGUGCUGGGGAGAAGCAUGCAAAUGAUGCUUAUUUGGGAGGAUGCCAUAUGACUGUCACAAUAUGAAUUAUUGACACUACUGUAUAGCAAAGAAAGUUUGUCCUCUUGCAGGCAAGAGUUGUAUUGUUAUUGAUUAUUGAAAUAAAAGAUGA